AUGGGUCGUGCUGGCACCGGCAGCUCCUGCAUCGUCAUGAUCAGCUUGCUAGCUGUGGUUGUGGGGGUGGCCGGGGCCGGUCGGCAACCGUUCCGGCGCCACCUAGCUGCGGCCGACGCUGAUGCAUCCCCAGUUGGGAUAUGCGCGUCGGCGGUGGCAAUACACGGCUACAAGUGCCAGGAGUUUGAUGUGAAAACGGACAAUGGAUACAUAUUAAACUUGCAAAGGAUACCUCAAGGAGUGGUUCCGGAUAAUUCCACUAACAGGCCUCCAGUUGUGUUGCAACAUGGUGUUCUUGUGGAUGGAGUGACUUGGCUGCUGAAUUCUCCACAACAGUCAUUAGCGUUCAUCCUAGCAGACAGCGGGUUCGACGUGUGGAUCGUCAACGCCAGGGGAACCAGAUUCAGCAGAAAGCAUGCGUCCCUUGACCCUAACAAAUCCGAAUUCUGGAAUUGGACUUGGGAUGACUUGGUGGCUCAUGACUUGCCCGCCGUUUUUGGUUUUGUGCACCAACAAACGGGUCAAAAGAUUCAUUACGUUGGCCAUUCCAUGGGAACGUUGAUGGCUUUGGCUAUGUUUUCGGAAGGAAAGCAAAUAAACAUGGUGAAGUCGGCGGCAUUGUUGAGCCCUAUUGCUUACCUGAGUCACAUGACCACUAAACUUUGUGUUGUUGCUGCCAAAGCCUUCAUGGGUGAAAUGACCUCAUUUUUUGGAUUUGCCGAAUUCAAUCCGAAAGGACAGGCAGUGGAAAGUCUCUUGAAGUAUUUUUGUGCUCAACCCGGGGUGGAUUGCUACGACAUGCUCACCGCACUAACAGGCACAAAUUGUUGUCUCAAUGCCUCAACUAUCCAGUAUUUCCUGAAAAACGAGCCCCAAUCUACUUCAACUCUAAACCUAGUUCACUUUGCUCAAACCGUACGCGAUGGAAUUGUGAGGAAAUACGAUUACGGGAAGACCAAAGAGAACCAAGGACACUAUGGACAACCCAAGCCACCUGUUUACAAUUUGUCCAACAUUCCUCACGACCUUCCGCUAUUCCUCAGCUACGGAGGCCAAGAUGCAUUAUCGGACGUCAAAGAUGUUCAGACACUUCUGGAUGCCCUCCGAUCCCAUGAUGUCGGAAAAUUGCACGUCCAGUACGUCGAGGACUAUGGUCAUCUCGACUUCAUCAUGGGUGUUACAGCCAAGGAUGUUGUUUACAAUCAAGUCGCUUCCUUCUUCAAAAAUUACAACUGAUUAUUGAAAAUGUAAACAUAGAGAAUACAUACAAAAUUACCACAAAGCAAGAGAUCGGGUCUCUCUGCAAUAGUUCUUUUUCCUUGAUUCAUUUCCUAUCUUUUUCAUCACCAUUUUUCUUUUCUUGCAAGGGAACUGUAAGUGCACCAAAUGUGGGAG